CACUAUCGCUUAGCAGUGCCGCAGUAGCCGUUGUGGCUGGCGUUGGCAGGUUAGGGAUUUUCUCUGAGCUCUUGCUCAGCUGCUAUUGUUCGUGUGCGACAAAGUUAUCUUUUCGGAGUUAUUUUACGUGACGCGUUCGUGUGCUGACGCGUCGCGCCGAAAAGUAAUUGGCGCAAGACGAGCUCCAAGUACUGAGGAGAGUUUGAGAGAGUUUCUGUGACUACGUAACAGAAAGCACGAGAGAACAAAAGCUGGCAGCCAUUGCUGUGGGGAUCUGCUCAGUCGCAGUGUAGAAACUGGAGUUUUGGGGACUGGCGAAAUAUCCCCCCUUUAAAAUUUUGUGGUGAACAUAAUUCGUGACAAAAUUGGACUGUGUUUUACAAAUUUAAAAUGGCGCAGCAACCCACAAGCAGUGCAGUUAGAGCCCUUGCGCUUGAAUACAAGAGCUUACAGGAAGAACCAGUCGAAGGCUUCAGGGUGAAACUUGUUAGAGAAGAAAAUAUGUUCGAAUGGGAAGUUGCGAUAUUUGGACCCCCAGAGACUCUUUAUCAGGGUGGAUACUUCAAGGCACACAUGAAGUUUCCACCUGACUAUCCAUAUUCACCACCCAGCAUUCGCUUUCUUACAAAAGUAUGGCAUCCGAAUGUGUAUGAGAAUGGUGAUCUGUGUAUUUCAAUCUUGCAUCCUCCAGUCCAUGAUCCUCAGAGUGGAGAACUUCCUUGUGAGAUGUGGAACCCCACGCAGAAUGUCAGGACCAUCCUGCUGUCGGUAAUUUCUCUACUGAAUGAGCCCAACACAUUCAGUCCUGCCAAUGUUGAUGCGUCAGUAAUGUUCAGGCGCUGGAGAGAUUCAAAAGGCAAAGACAAGGAGUAUGAAAAUAUCAUCAGGAAACAAGUGUUGGCUGCCCGACUUGAAGCAGAGAAAGAUGGGGUUGUAGUGCCUACGACAUUAGAGGACUAUUGUAUCAAGACACAGGUGUCAAAGCCAGCCACCGAACCUGUGCUCGAUAUGACAGACUUUUAUGAUGAUGACUACGAUCUUGACGACGAUGAUGACGACGAUGAUGAAGAGGAUGGUGAUGCGGACGGUGAUGGUGAUGCAGAUGACAGUGGAAAUGGCGAGUCGUGAUGACAUUCGUCUUGGCGUGUGUUUGCUGUUGACAUUUGUAUCCAGUCAAAGGAAAUUGCUGGUGUCGCGAAACGGCAUGGCAGGGGAGAGUGUUUGGAGGGGGUUGACAGGUCACAAUUUCAUGUCCAUGAUCAUAUCUCUGUAAUGCAUAAUGCUAGUAGUAGUAUUUGUGCUUACUGUUUGAGAAGUCCUUAAGAAAAAGAGCAAAGAAAAUGGAAAGAAACAGUUGUAUGUCAUUACCCAUGUUAGUCUGUAGUUAAAAUGCUAAAAGCAUGCAGAAAUCAGAGGUGUGUAGUAUAAAUGUGAACUGCAUUGCACUUCACAUUGCAAGCACAUGUGCAUUACAGGGUAAUCUACUACACUUCGGGAGAAUUUGUGCAUUGUUGGAAACAAAAUCCAUGUGAUGCAGUAUGUUAUGCCUAUCACAGAACUAUUAUCCUUGUUCAUAACUUCAGGAAGGAAGGUUGCUCUGUUUUCAACACUGGUCUUUAGUUUCAUUAACGUUUUAUAAGAUGCAAAUUCAAAAAUCUCCAUAAAUUUUCUGUGGACAGUUCAACAAAACACAAACUUCAGUUUGGCUUUGUACAUUUACCUUUCUUCUGUCAUAUUUCAACAAAGGUGACGAUGUUCUAAACAUAGGUUUGUACAUUCUGAACACAAACUGGAAUACAACCUGCCUACUGCACAUAGCUCCACAUUUGUAGUAUGCUCCUUGUGUAUUUAAUGAUGUACCUUUCACUGUGCACCUCAAAACCCUCUCUUGGAAAAGUGUGGUGCUCCCGGUGAACAAGUGCCCAACCUACAGUGCCGUGUUAUCAUUAACUGUAUGUUAGGUAGUUGGAUCUCUUCAGCUCAAGAUGAUCUACUCCUGCCUUCAGGACUUGGGUGUGUUAAUGCUGGUGAUUAAUUCGUCCUUUGGUUGUAAUUGUAUAAAUGAGUAGAGAUAAAUUUUUGGUGGUUCACAUUAUACACUUGUGGAGUCGUAUAGGUUUCCUGUAUUGUGAUCUUGUUCUACUUUAUUAAUAAAUUAAAUUAAAAUUUA